AUGGGAAGUGACGUCACAUAUGUGGAGCUCUCGGAUGCUUCGUCCAAGGCGACCAUCGGUCUUUACGCUGGUAUGGAGCCACAGGAACUUGAGUUGUUGGUCCGUGCAGCUUUGCAACAUCCCAAUGAUGUCUGUCGUGGCUUCCAAGUAACGUACGAGCCGUCGUCAUCCUUUCGUUCCAAUCGAUACAAAAAACGUCCUUCUUCAGUAAUGCCACGUCUGGUCCCGCUUUCUGUUGCGUGUCAAGUCCCACAACUUCUUGUUGGACACGUGACUGUCCUUUUUAUGCCAUCGGCAACCUCCCAAAAGGGAAAUUUGCUCAACACAGAAACGGAACAAUUGCAACAAAUGGUGCAAUCAUUUGAAACCGACCACAAGUCGGCUCUGCUGAGACAUUUCCAUGACGAACCGAUGUUACAGGAUCACGAAUCUUCAACGUCCAAUAAACCUCAAUUUAAUGACUUGGAAACGACGAAAAAAGUGCUUUAUAUGGAACUCAUGGCCAAGAAAGUGGUUUCUAUUGGCAUGAAAAGCUCAAGUUCACAGGUUCAGAUACAAAUUUUGGCUUUAGCUGAUGACAUUCGACAGAAAUUUUGCAAGUCUCAAGUGAUGAAGUACCAUCAAUUUAUUGAAACCAUGAAAUUAUUGGCAAUAAUUGAAAAAUUACUGGAUAAACACAUGCUGUCAGAGAAACACGGUGCAAAUUUAUUGGAGCUUAUUGUAAAUGAGGAUAAAGUCCUGUGGAAAACACUACAGAGCUAUAGUGUUGAUGAUGGAGAUAAUAUGGUGGACUUGAAUACAAUAGCCAAGAGACUUUCACUAGUCGGCUGUGAACCAGUCAAGCCAAUUUUAAGCAAGAAAAAUAAAGGAAAAAGUCUGAGAAAAGGAAUCAAACAAGGCAAUUGGCUCGUAAAAAAAGGGGAAGAAACGCUUUUGGCUCUGAUUGAGCAAGAAGAUUAUCAAGUAUUGCAGAUACUGCGAGUUUUUAAACAAAGCGAUUAUGGUGAUGUAAAGAUACUUCGAAAUGCAUUGGUGAGUAUCGUGGAGGAGAUUACAAUGGAACUUGGUGACGAGGAGAAAGCAGCUGCUGCUUUUGCACAUGGUAUGGAUGACGCUGUUCGAGAAGUGAAUCAAUUGGAAGAUAGCGACGACAACAGUGGCUCGUUCGAGUGGCAACGACACUUGAGCUUCCUAUUAGGACAAUGGCAAACGCAACAACAGCUAACAUCAGCUGAUGUGACCGCGUUGCUUCAAAUGGUUAAUCAGCGACACAACUUGUUGGAGAGCGCUUACGAGGUCUUUGCAGGUGAUGGUGAUGAAAAUGAGCUUUUGGAUACAUUGCAACGUGUGGCUAAACUGCAGCGGCAGAUUAAACACUGCCAGGGUGAGCAAAUUGGUCUAGAUGGUGCGCCUGCCAGCGGUCUGAACCUCGAAGAUGUCGUACGCGCAAUGCAGCAGCGCGGUGUGUUACAGAGUGGUGAUGCCGCCGGACUUUUGGUAUUGUUUCGUGGUAAAAACGAAGCUCUGCAAGCUGCCAAUGAGGCUUUUCACGCUGAUGGUGAUGUCCACGAGUUGGAAGACACUUUGUUACUAGUGGUGAAGCAUGCGCGCUUUGGACGUGAGAAAGAGAAAGACGAGUCCGUUGAUGAGAUGCAGGCUAUAUUACAGCUACUUGCGGAUUUUGGAACGAGCAAACGUCUAGAUUUGUGGCAGAUUCAGUUGUUGAUAUUGCUGUUGAAGUCUCACGAUCCUCGUUUACUUGCUGCAGUUGAUGUAUACAGAGAGGAUCAAGACACGACUGAACUUGCGGACACGCUCGAAAUCUUGGUUGAAUUGGCAGCUUGGGAGCGUCACUGCCGUGCAAUGGUAGUCGAUUGGAUCCCCGCGUUGACACGAUGUGGAAAGCUACCUCGCGAUAGGGCAGAGCGUCUUGUGCAAAUGGUCAAAGCGCGCGAUGACCGUGUCGUCGCAGCACUCGUGGUAUUCCUUAGUGACAACAACAAGGAAGAGUUUGUGGACACACUUGUUCGAAUUGCAUCUCUGCUUAUGAAGCUAACCGACGCUGAAACGGAUGAAAUGAAGGAGGGUCAAUUAGUACUGGCUUCGCUAAACGAGCUGGAAGAAAAUGGAGCCAUAUCCGUUGAGAAACGUGAAGAGGAGUUGGUGUGCCGUGUAGAGCCGCGAAUGUUGGCUGAGAAGGACGUUUUAGCAGCGACCGAUGAUGCAGUAAACGUUGCGGAAUCUGCACACCAGGACCUGGCCAAAGUGAACGAUCAAGUGAAGGACGGGGUUGUGGGAGAAAAGUGGGAGUUUGAGGAAGUUAACUUAUCCUCAAAAGCUGCCGUGAGUAGCAUAGACGCGACACUCGCAGCAAACAAACAGGAGAGCGGAGAAAUCUUAGACGGUGACACAAAGGAUGACGAGUCGGACGCACAAGUUUUAGAAGAAAGCCAUGUAGAUAUUCCUGCCGGGGCUGAGGUUCAAGAAGAGCGUAGACCGAAUGAGCUGGAAGAGCAGCACCAAACCGAUCAAGCUGAUGAGAUAGAACAAAAGGAAGGUCACCAGGAAAAGAAUGCCGACGAAAGUAGCACGAAUGGCAGCGUUGAUGAUGAAGACGAGAGCACCAAAUCAGACGUGAAGAAGGAGACGGAGUUAGUGGUGGACGUAAACGAUGAAGUGGAUCAUGAGCGGACUUGA